AUCACCCACUGAAUCAACAACUUGGCCAUCUUCAUCCUUUUCAUAUUUCACAUUCCAAAACCCUUUUCUCCAUUUUUUCCACUUCAAAUCAAAUCAAAAGCUUUUCAAAUGUUCACCACACUUCGUCAUAAACCUUUUCUCUAUCUCAAGCACUUAACUUUCCCUCUUAUCAAUCACUACCCAUUACCCUUUUCUCUGCAUUUUUGCACCAACACUUCAUCUUUUGCAAUCUCCUACCUCAUCAACAAUUUUGGGUUUUCCUUUUCCCCACAAUUUGCUUCCAAACUCUGCUCAAGUCACAGGGUUCGUUUCAAGACUGCCCAAAACCCUGAUUUAGUUCUUAACUUCUUUAGAAACAAUGGUUUCUCAAAAACCCAAUUAAGUUAUAUGAUUCCCAAAGCACCAUGGCUACUUUGCUGCAACCCCUCCUUAAGGCUCAUCCCAAAGUUUCAAUUUUUCCUCUCCAAAGGUGCUUCUAAAUCUGACAUUGUUAACCUUGUCAGUAAGCACCCUAUGGUCCUAUCUCCAAGCUUGGAGAAUCAUAUAAUCCCAACCUAUGAAUUGUUUUAUAGAUUUGUGCAAUCAGACAAGGACAUUAUUGCUGGUGUAGUUCAUAAUCCAUCUUUACUUAGUGACCAUCUUGUGUCACAAAACAUCACAAUGCUGAUUAAUAAUGGAGUUACAGAUUCAAGCAUUGCAAGAUUGUUUCGGACGCCAUCUCGAUCAUUGAAUACCAAUAAACGUUUGAUGAUGAAGUUAGUGGAGGAAAUGAAGGAUUUGGGUUUAAUCCUUCAAAAACAACCUUUGGUAUUGCAUUGGAAACCAAACCUGUGAUAGAAGCAUUUAGAAGGCACCCUCACUGUAUAUUAACAUCCAUUGAUAAAAUUAUUUCAGUGAUGGGCUUUUGGGUCAAUCAGAUGGGUUGGGAUGUGCUUGCAUUUGCAAAAGGACCAUCAACUUUUUCAAUUAGUUUGGAAAAAAGGAUCAUUCCAAGGGCCUCGGUUGUGCAAUUUCUGCUGAAGAAAGGUUUGCGAAAAAAGGAUGCAAGCUUAACUUAUCCAUUUAAACUGUAUGAUAAGAUGUUUCUUGAUAGGUUUAUAAUGCGUUUUAAGGAGCAGUCAUCUUAUCUAUUAAAGCUUUAUGAAGAAAAACUGACUCUUGCACACACCAGGGAGGGCAAAACUGACAUGUCAUGAACACAUUUUAAGCAAGUGUUAUUUUGUCUGGCGAUUUGUACAUAGGAGUAUAAUGUAGACACUACUCUUCCUCAGCAUAAAAAUAUUCAUGGUUGGUUCGUCCGUUGUCGUGGUUGGGAGCUUAGUUUAAAUAACUCCAAGUCAGACACUACCCGGCACAACAAAUCAUGGAUGAUUUAGACGGAAUAUCUGUUGAGCAACUAAGGAGCCUUGCACGAAACAAUCGUUCCAACCGUGAUCUUGUCCGCAAAGUUGUUUAUCACUCGAAUCUUGUACCAGUGCCAACUACCGUUCCUGGAGAAGGGGACCAACAAGAAGAACAAGUGGACGAUGGAAUUGACCAUGAGGAUGACGAGAUCAAUGUGGAAGACCUUAUGGAUCCGAAAGAUCGUAUUUUGGUUGAUCGGCAUGACCGAAUCAUUAUUACACCACACGGAACUGAUUUUCAACCACAAAAAGCAACUUCAGCCGCCAUUAGUUUCAUACUUCAAGGAAACUACCAGGAACCAUGGCUCACGUGGGGAGAGAUUAAGAAGGCUAAAAUUGGUCAAGAGCAAGUGUGGGACAGAUUUUGGAAGGCUUUCAAAAUGAAAUGCACUUGGUUUAGGGAUAUUAAUGAGAAGACGAUGAUUACUAUUUUCGAUCACAAGUGCUCAAAGCGCUUGUCCACCUUGCUUGGAGAUGCACGAACAUUGUUUUAUGAGAACAAGGAGCCUCCAGCUUGGAUUGGCCCGGGGGAUGUAUGGACAGAGUUGAAACGUAGAUGGAGUACUCCAGCUUACAUGGCGAAGUGCAACAGAAACAAACAAAACAGAGUUGGGUCUAAUUUGAGUGUACACACUGGUGGUUCUACAUCUGCUUCUACCUUGCGCAUAAGGUUCACUCGGCAAUUUGGUCGUCCACCGACUUUAUGCCAAAUGAAUGUAAUGCUGCAUAUGAAACCAGAUGGUACUUGGGAUACUGUAAAGGCUCAAAGGGCAAAUGAUAUGAUUAAGGUAUACAUCGAGGAACUCAAAGCUACCGAGGCUGCCCUUCCACUUGCUUUGCGGAAAACUGAUGUAGAGCUACAGAAUAUGAUAUUGGACAAAUUUGUGGAGUUUUCCGGGGGAAAGUAUAAAGGUUGUAUCGUUGGUCAGGGUAGUACGUCUUCGCUCGUUCAGAGGACGACAAGAGGAUAUAUGAUGGAUAAUAUGAGCGACUCUUAUGACAGUACUGCCACCAUGCCUACCGGUCGAUCUCAACGUGUGGAAAGUAUUGAGGAAUUGGAACAACAAUUAAGAGCAGAACAACAACAGUCAAUUGCUUCUAUGAGAGAAGAGAUGAUGACACAGCUCAGGGCAGAACUCUCUAGCGGGAUACCAGGACAAUCAAACCAGCAACAGUUUCAGCAGCAACCAUUUCAGCAGCAACCAUUUCAGCAGCAGCAAUUUCAGCAGCAACCAUUUCAGCAGCAGCAAUUUCAGCAACAACUUCAGCAGCAGCAGCAGCGUCCUAAUCAAUCACAACGUCAGCAAAAUUCCAACAAUUUCAAUUAUAUGACAGGUGUGAACUAUGCAGUUCAACAGAUUCAGAACGUUGGAAGGAACUCACAGUCGUCCUACCAAUCGGGAAGUCUUCAUGAGGACCCGACGGAAGAGGAGGGGUAUCGACCCGGUGAAGUUGAUUUGAACGUAUCCUCUGACCCGGAUGAGAAUUUCUUUACAGGUCUCCAAAAUAACCCUUUAUUGCAAGGGAUGCUUGGGCAGCAGGGGCAGGCAAUGCUUGGAGACUUGGAAAUUCCCGAUUUCACAGUUCAUGAUUCCACUUCUAUGAAUCAAGGUGGCAUAAUAAGUCCACUUGUCCAUAGUGGUGGAAAUAGUCAAGGCAGAGGGGUAGGUUCUUCAUCUGAAAUGUCUAUGGGCGGCGGUAGGGCAAGCGCCGGAAGGGCAAUCGUGGGAAGAGGAAGCGGUGGAAGAACAAGUGCCGGAAGAAGAGGAAGGGGAAACAGUCAAAAUGCAUAACCUCCAUUUGUGUCCAUUUGUGUUCAUUUGUGUUGUCGUAUUAAUCAUUUUAGUAGUUUUAUUUGUGGAAGUAAUUUAAGACAAUAUUAUCGUAUUUGGUUUGUAACCUAUGACAUUUAUUGGGUAUUUUGUUUGUGUUGUAUGACAAUUAUCGUAUUUCGUCGUUUAUUAUUGAAUUUUUAAUUUAUGUU